AUGGCGACGGGGUUAUCAUCAAAUUGGAAACAGCUCCAGGCCCAAAUCCAAGCCGCGCCUGGUCCUUCAUCAACCAAGCUGUCUACGAAGAGGAAACCCGAGACAGCAACAGACUUGCAGGAGGCCAAGAAGCGGCGGGUGGAGAAAAGUGAGGGCUCGCGCGCUGGCUCAUCGUCCAAGGCACCCGGGCGAGAUUCGACAAAGCCAAUGGGUAUCACACAGUCGUCCACCGUCUCUAGGGGCUCAUCCACGACUGUGAAGCCGUCGCUCGCCCUCUGGGCUGAUGACAAUGACAUAUCCUCCGAGGCACUCGCUGAGGCCUACGGUUUGGGCGUCAAGCGCAAUGCAAUCAUGAACACGGACAAGCCGCGCGUCAACGAGGGCCUUGCGCCAAACGUCGAGCUGGGAAAGUACGUCGCCAUGGAUUGCGAAAUGGUGGGUGUCGGGCCCGACGGGCACGACUCGGUCCUGGCCCGUGUGAGCUUGGUGGACUUCCAUGGCCGCCAGGUGUACGACUCGUACGUGCGGCCCAAGGAGCGCGUCACUGACUGGCGGACCAAGAUCACGGGCAUAACCCCGAAGCACAUGGCGUCGGCCCGGGAGUUUGACGACGUGCAGAGCGAGAUUGCCCAACUUGUCAGGGGUCGGAUCCUCGUGGGCCACGACAUAAGGCACGACCUGGCGGUCUUGAUGCUGACACACCCUACGACGCACAUACGAGACACCGCCCGCUUCUCGGGGUUUCGGCAGUACGGGCAUGGUCCGAAGCCGGCAUUGCGGGUGCUGGCCAAGGAGAUCCUGAACAUUGAGAUCCAGACUGGGCAUCACUCCAGUAUCGAAGACGCCAAGGUUGCCAUGCUUCUAUUCCGCAGGAGGAAGUCGGAGUUCGACAUGGAGCAUGCCAACAAGUUCGAGAGACUAGAAGGAUCAUCCGGGAAGCCCAAGCCCAAGCCCAAGGGUGGCAAGAAAAAUAAGAAGCGUUGA